CCACCAGCAGCGUUUGUGGCGUUGUUUUAGGAAUGAAUGACGUCAUACACACGCGACUUUCUUUUCUCAUUCUAAACAUCCGGCGGUCACUUGUUCGUUUGGUGCAUAGCUACCUGAGUGAUAUACUACGGAUUAAGGUUGGUUGUGUGGUGAUGGACGGGGAUCAACCUCAGGAGAACACCGCCCAAACCCAGACCCCCAUCGCUCACAACAAGAAGCCAGACAAGCCCCUCUACCAGCCCAAGAAGAAGCAGGAUGGCCCUAAAGACAAAGCCCAAACCCCGGGAGACGGCAAACCGAAGCCCAGGCCUCGCUACACGGACAAGGCCCGAAAGAACGCCAAGAACAAGAAGGACAAAGUGGUGAAGACUGGGGGAGAAGGAGGAGAGGCAAACGGAGUCCUGAACAGUGGCGCAAAACCAGACGAGAGGGUGGAAGGAGACGGGGAGAGGGGGGCCGGUACAGCCGCCGAGGGGAAAGAUGAAGUGGUGGACACGCGCCUGGAGGAGAGGAGUAACAGUGAGAGAAAGGAGGAGGAGAGGAGUGACAGUGAGAGGAAGGAGGGAUCUGGGCAAGGAACCGAGGCAGGCCCUGAGGAGGAUGUGGAGGAGAGCUGGGACGCACUGUUUGAUGAUGAAGGGGAGUGUUUAGACCCCCAUGUACUGGAGGAGCUGGCCGUAAAAGAGGGGAGGAAGAAGCGUGCGGUGCAGGAGGACAGGUUUGACUACUACAACAUGGACCGGGAUGGACAGGAAGAUGGAGACACUGAGCUCCGAGAGGACGAGCUUUCUCACAUCGUAGAGAUCUACGACUUCCCUGCGGAGUUUAAAACCGAAGACCUGGUCAAGUCCUUCCAGGCCUAUCAAGUGAGAGGCUUUGACGUCCAGUGGAUUGAUGACACACACGUCCUGGGUCUCUUCAACAGCCCCAUAGCAGCUCGUGAGGCUCUUAGAACCAAACACCCUCUGUUGAAGGUGCGGCCUCUUUCCAAGUCCUCCGUCACCACCAGGGCCAAGGCACGGAGCUGCUCAGACUACCUGCUUCCUGCUAAGGAGCGUCCCCAGACGAGCGCAGCGUUGGCCCGCAGGCUGGUUAUCGGGGCGCUGGGAGUCAAAAGCCCCCAGAGCAAAGAGGACCGUGAGGCGGAGAGAAAGAAACUCCAAGAUGCUCGAGAGGGCAGCUGUUCUGAAGCCCAGCUGGACUGAACAGAAGACCGCUGGAGCCUCUUUCCUAAAAGCGUCGAAGAGGUUCCGUUCAUAGCUUUAACCGAACCUUUCGGGAAACCGGGUCGUGGCAGAACUGAGCCCAAGCCGAGAGGAGGUGUUGUCUGAAGCUUCUUCUUGUCAUCUUCUUCGUCAUCUUCUUCGUCAUCCCUGACCUAAUGAACAGGGUUGGGAGAUUAGGGCGUAUACAUUCUCCCAAAAGCUGAGUUCCAGUUGCAUUUCAGUUCCAGACAAUUGAGAAUGCGAACCAGAAUCCAUAUUCUGAUUGUUCCUUGCUUAAUAGGAGUGAGGAAAUGUGGAUUCCGGGUGAACUUUGGAUUUGUCUCUAACUGAAAUGUUUGUGCCCGCUCAAAUCCUAUUUUUUUUUGUUUGUUUUUUGUGUUGUUUUAUUACCAGUUGAUAGGGAGGUGCACAUUUUUACCUAUUUAUGUUACUUUCAUUUGUCUUAUUAAAAUAAUCGUAAUUAGGAAUGUUGUCUUUUAUCUUCCUCCAGCAUCUGGU